AUGGUGACGGUGAGGUGGCGCGAUGAUGAUGACGACAUCAACAAUGACGUGUAUCGCUCGAAGAAAGCUCGCAGCUUGGCCGACAGGUUGAGCAUGCAUGGUCUACCAAAGGGAUGCAACAUCGUAUGCGCGGGAACCACUGCUCUCAUCCUUUUUUGUGCCAUCGUGUUGUUCGCUUCUAUCAGAGCGACUCACGGGGCCCACGGGAGGAUCAAGAGUCGAAACAUGUUUGCUAGAGACAAGAAGUUACAGCAGAACGACUGGGAUAAGACCUUGAUGGGCAUGUCGACCAGACGAGGGUGGAAGCGAACGGCAGCGAAAGACCUCGAUGACCAAGUGCGAUCAGUCCAGAACAUGGAGGAUGAACUGAAAGCCUUGAACGUUGGGGGUGGAACAAGCGGGGGGGGGAGAGGAGGAGGACUCCGAAAGAAAGAGUUCCUCGAUCCCAUGGAGCCGAUGCAGCAGUACAUGAAGUAUCAGCAUGACAAGUCGAAGACGCAGGGACGGAGGAAGAGUAAGGGUAUCUCUGCCGCCAUGCAGAGCUACAUCGAUGACGUGGUGGGAUCAGUGUAG